UGAGUAGUGUAUAUAUGAUAUACAGAGUAGUAGGAGAGUAUUCACAGAACGAUCUAUUUCAUGGGGAAUACAUACCCCUCAGAUCGAAUCCCCGAUUAAUCAGCCUAUCUGCCGACAUCCAAAGCGACAGCCGAUCUCUAACCGAUCGACAGUCUCCAGUAUUCCCGGACCGUCGACUCGGUUUAGAAAGUCGGGAUGUCUUCAUCUCCAGUCUUAGUCUUUUUCAGUACGGCACAACCAAUGCAACAACUAACUGGUUAUGCUGCCGUAAGGGCUUCUUUCUCUAUAUAUAUCAAACUGGCUAGUACUGUUCUAUGGAUAAAAUGUACAAAAAAAGUGACUCCUCAGGCACCGUGUUCGGACCCGACUCGGCCGAAUCUAACCGAAUCCGGUAAAAACGGCCUGGAAAUCCAGGAGAUUCAGGCAGUCGAGAUUAAGUUAGUCAUGACUACUGAGAGAGUCGUAUAUUUGGGUUGGAGGUUUCCCUUGAUCUUUCUUUCACUUCCUCUAUUGUGAUUUUGUGGUAGUUUUGUCGGUCGUUGGAGUUCAAUGAUGUGUGAUCUGGCCGAGAGCUACCUCCACUUAUUGUAUGAUGUUUCUACAGUUGACACUGGGAAUGGAUGGAAAGAGUUUGAUUGUC